CUCGACGACCCCCCCACCACCAUGGCUCCCCUGUUGCUGCCUCUCCUAAUCCUCUCCUCUCUGCUCCCUCCCAGCUCCUGCAGCAAAGCCAACAAACAUAAGCCUUGGAUCGAAGCGGAGUACCAGGGCAUCGUCAUGGAGAAUGACCACACGGUUUUGCUCAACCCGCCGCUCUUCGCCCUGGAUAAAGAUGCCCCGCUUCGUUAUGCUGGUGAGAUCUGCGGGUUCCGGCUGCACGGGACCGGGGUGCCCUUUGAGGCCGUGAUCCUGGACAAGGUGACCGGAGAGGGGCUGAUCCGGGCCAAGGAGCCGGUGGACUGCGAAGCCCAGAAGGAGCACAGCUUCACCCUCCAGGCCUACGACUGCGGAGAGGGCCCUGACGGGGCCAACAGCAAGAAGUCCCACAAGGCGACGGUGCACGUGAGGGUGAACGACGUGAACGAGUUCGCGCCGGUGUUCGUGGAGCGGCUCUACCGGGCGGCGGUGACCGAGGGGAAACUCUACGACCGCAUCCUGCGGGUGGAGGCCGUGGACGGGGACUGUUCCCCGCAGUACAGCCAGAUCUGCUACUACGAAAUCCUUACGCCCAACACCCCCUUCCUCAUCGACAACGACGGGAACAUCGAGAAUACGGAGAAGCUGCAGUUCAGCGGCCAGCGGCUUUACAAGUUCACCGUGACGGCGUACGACUGCGGGAAGAAGAGAGCGGCCGACGACGCCGAGGUGGAGAUCCAGGUGAAACCCACCUGCAAGCCCAGCUGGCAAGGCUGGAGCAAGCGCGUGGAGUACGCCCCGGGCACGGGCAGCCUGGCGCUGUUCCCCGGCAUCCGGCUGGAGACGUGCGACGAACCGCUGUGGAAUAUCCAGGCCGCGGUGGAGCUGCAGACCAGCCACGUGGCCAAGGGAUGUGACCGCGACAACUACUCGGAGCAGGCCCUGCGCAAGCUCUGCGGCGCCGCCACGGGCGAGGUGGACCUGCUCCCGGUGCCCGGCCCCAGCGCCAACUGGACGGCGGGGCUCUCCGUGCACUACAGCCAGGACAGCAGCCUCAUCUACUGGUUCAACGGCACCCAGGGGGCUCAGGUGCCCCUGGGGGGGCCGGGGGCCGGACCCUUGGAGGGCCUCAGCGACCACUUCACCCUGUCCCUGUGGAUGAAGCACGCUGGGACUCCCAGCAAGGGCAAGAAGGAGGAGGAGACCAUCGUGUGCAACACGGUCCAGAAUGAGGACGGUUUCUCUCACUACUCCCUGGCGGUGCAUGGCUGCCGCCUUGCUUUCCUCUACUGGCCUCUGCUAGACAGUGCCCGUCCGGUCAAAUUCCUCUGGAAACUGGAGCAGGCCUGUGACGACGAAUGGCACCACUAUGCCCUGAACCUGGAGUUCCCCACGGUCACCCUCUAUGUGGACGGCGUCUCCUACGACCCGGCCCUCAUCCACGACAACGGCCUCAUCCACCCACCCCGCCGCGAGCCCGCCCUCAUGAUCGGGGCCUGCUGGGCUGAGGAGAAGAGCAAGGAGAAGGAGAAAGCUGGUAACAGCAGCGCUGAAUCGGGGCCAGGCACCCCCCCGGCCCCGCCGAUCCACCGGCACUUCCACGGCUACCUGGCCGGCUUCACGGUGCGGCCGGGCCGGCUGGACAGCCGGGAGGUCAUGGAGUGUCUGUACGCCUGCCGCGAGGGCUUGGACUACCGGGACUUCGAGAGCCUCGGCAAGGGCAUGAAGGUCCACGUGAACCCCUCGCAGUCCCUCCUCACCCUGGAGGGCGACGACGUGGAAACCUUCAACCACGCCCUGCAGCACGUGGCCUAUAUGAACUCCCUCCGCUUCGCCACCCCUGGCAUCCGCCCCCUGCGCUUGUCCACCGCCGUCAAGUGCUUCAGCGAAGAGUCCUGCGUCUCCAUCCCGGACGUGGAGGGCUACGUGGUGGUCCUGUGGCCCGACGCCCCCCAGAUCCUGCUGAGCGGCCCCACCCACCUGGCCCGCCCCGUCUCUGAUUUCGAAGGUCCCCAGGGGGUCUCCCUGUUCCCCGAACUCCAGAUCGCCUGCUCCAUCUCCCACCAGGUGGAGGCCAAGAAGGACGAGAGCUGGCACGGGACGGUGACGGACACGCGAAUGUCCGACGAGAUCGUCCACAACCUGGACGGCUGCGAGAUCUCCCUGGUGGGGGACGACCUGGACCCGGAGCGGGAGAGCCUGACCCUGGACGCGGCGGCGGCCCUGACGCAGCGCGGGCUGGAGGUGACCAACACUUCCGCCUUCCUCACCAUUUCGGGGGUGGAGAGCAUCACGGUGUAUGAAGACACCUUACGACGGGUCCGGUACCGACUGCAGCCCGGCGCGGCCCUCUACGAGCGGAAGUUCCGCCUGUCCUGCUCGGAGAUGAACGGCCGCUACUCCAGCAACGAGUUCCUCGUGGAGGUGAAUUUCUUGCACAGCGAGGACCGGCCCGCCCACCCCAGCCACAUGCUCGGCUCCCAGCAGUUCCUGCACCACGGCCAACCGCCGCCCCCCGAGUUGGCGGGCCACAACCUGGCCAGCCCUCACCGCAACUCCAUGGUCCCGAGCGCGGCGACGCUCAUCAUCGUCGUGUGCGUGGGCUUCCUGGUGCUCAUGGUGGUCCUGGGCCUCGUGCGCAUCCAUUCCCUGCACCGGCGCGUGGCGGGCCCGGGGGGGAACCCCUCCGGAGCCCCCGCGGACUCCAAGGAUUCGGACCUCUUCUGGGACGACUCGGCCUUGACCAUCAUCGUCAACCCCAUGGAGUCGUACCAGAGCCGGCAGGCGGCGGCGGUCGGGGGGGCGGGCCCGCAGGAGGAGGACCCCGACAGCAGCGACUCGGAGGGGGCCGACUCCCCCAGCAGCGACGAGAGGCGCAGCGUGGAGACCCCCGCUCGGCGCUACUGAGUCACGGCCCAGGCCAGAGAUAGAGAGAGACAUUCCUGCGGAUGAGGAGACCCCGGAGAGAGCUGCCAAGAAGAGAGGGUUGGCGGAGAGAGACCCUGGAGAAGCCCCCCCACCAGAGAGCUGCUGACUAGAGCCCCUUUCCUCUGCCUCCUUUGUCCAUUCCCAGCUAUUCCCCUCUCCCCCCGGGUCCCUCACCCCCAAUUUCCUUGCAGGACCCUGGGAUCGGGAGAGUGGAGGUGGUCUCCCCCUGCCUCCUCUCCAGGACCCCCACUCCUGCCUGUGUCCUCACCCACCUCUCGCCAAGUGUGGGGGGGAAUUGUGGGGGUGGGAGGUUCCCCCACUUCCCGCCCCCUCCCCAUUGCAGCAGGGGCCCACCCAUCCCAGCCUCCUCUAGUGCAUUGGUCCCCGGCCCCCCGUGCCCCUUCUUUUUCCCCUCCCCAGGGGCUCCUGCAGCCCCCAGCCCCCUCCCCUCCCGCAGUCUGCCCAGGAGGGGUCAGGGGGAGGGACGGGGCGUGCUAUAUAUAAUGUAUAUUUUUUCAAUGUCGUCGUGAGCGCACUGCUCCGUGUCCCUGUGCACAGCUCACAGCCUGUGUGUCGCGUGUGGAUUUGUCGUGUCCUGGGGGAAGGCCGGGUCGGGGUGGCGGGGUUUUCAAAUAAAAUGAGGGGAAAAGACACCCCCCGCCAU